UUUUGUCAAGUGUGAAGUGUCCAUCGUGUCGCAGGUGUGUGCAGCAAGCCCCCAUCAACUCAAGAAGAAUUUAUCUUGAAGAACCAAGACCAAGAGCUCAAGAUUUCAAGCCCAAGGGACGCGGAUAAAUAUUAAAUAACUCUUCGUGGUUGGGGACUCUGUGGUGGUGUACCACCAACCUGGACCUCGGCUCUUGGGGUAUGUAGAGGCUGGGAACCAUCUCCCUCUCGAAUUCUUCUUCCUAAGUUUUUUGUACUCCUAAGACUAUAGUGGCUGCUGUACCUCCUGCCAGUCAAACCGCCAUAGCGUCGUCAAAUCUCGAUGGAAUUUUAUGAUUCAACUUGCUGCUGAUAGGCGACAACAACGCGCUCCAGAUCCAAUUUACAGAUCACCGUUUAAGGCACACAUCGGAUCGGCAUCAAUAUUUGAAGCUGGCUGACGGAAUUCUGACUGUGCACAUUUUCUCUCAUUUUAGGCACAUCUGAGCCUAUUGUGAUUAUAACAAAUGGUAUCAGAGCCCCUUGGAGCUGUCUCGACCAUGCCUAGACCUGAGGAAGGGGGUGGCAGAGGUGCUGGAAGCAGAGAAGACGCCCAAGCACAAGGUCAACACCAAGAUCCACCCAUGGCUCCCGUGCAACCUAGCCUUGGCCCCUCUAGGGAUGAGCCUAGAGUGUUUGGCCUUGACAAGUUCAACGGUGACAACUUUGCUGAGUGGUCCUUCAAGAUGGAGAACAUCUUUGACCACUAUGAUCUGCUGGAGGUGAUGGAAGGAACGGAGAAGCGCCCCGAGAACGACCCGGAGAAGAGCCCGUGGGUGCGGAAGAGCGCACAAGGCUAUCUUCUACUUGGGCAAGCGUUGGGGAGCAGCCAAAUCCGUCACAUCAAGCCUUUUCAGCGUGAACCAGCAAAGGGACCAAAGGCAUGGGCUGCUCUCAAGGGUGUACACGCUCCUGCAACAGCGGCGGUGGCUGUGGUUUUGGAGCGGCAAAUGGCGGCCCUUCGAAUUGACGAAGGCGAACCGGUGGAGGACGGAGUGCAGAAAUUCUUCGACUUGUUGACACAGCUUGAAGGAGCUGACCUGAACUACAGUGACCUUCAAAAGAAGACCAAGCUGCUGGCCUUGCUUCCGGACUCAUGGUCCUCGCUCAUCAUCAACCUAAAUCGAGAUCUGCCCCGCCUCUCGCUCGAAGAUGUGAAGCGGGAAAUCUUACAAGAAGAUUUCCGUCGUCGUGAAUUGGCGGGUACCGAUGGUGCCGGAGUUGCAAGCAUGGGCCGUGGGCACGGCCGUGGAAGGGGCAGAGGGCGAGGAGGAAGAUUUGGCAGCAGCAACUUCAAUGGAGGCCGUGGUAAUGGAGGAUAUGGCAGCAACAACAACAACAAUGGCUACGGGCGUGGGCGCGGUCGAUUUGAUGGCGAAUGCCACUUUUGCCACAAGACCGGCCACAUGUGGAGAGAUUGCUACAGAUUGCCUGAUGGAUGGACCCCUUCUCAAGGCCAAGAGGGCAGAGGAGCAAGGGGAGGAAGAGGCAGAGGUCGUGGAGGCCGUGGUGGUCGUGGAAGCGAAGCGGCAUGCAUGAAAGGUGGAGACUACGAGACGGGCCCGAGUGAAGAUCGAUACCCGGGCCAAUUCUUCUUUGUCUCCACGCAAGCGGCAGCUGCAGCAGGAGGUGUGGAAGGCAUUGAGGAGCCAGCUACUGUGGGAAAGGUCACCCUUCACUCUCUGGACUUUUGGGUGAUCGAUAGCGGCGCCACCUAUAGCAUGACACCUCGUGCGGACUUGCUCACCGAACUCGAACCGUCGCCGGUCAAGCAUGUCACAUCGGCUUUGGGGCAGCGAGCAGAGGUGAAAGGCAUGGGCAAGGCCAUGUUCAAGGGUGCUGAUGGGAAGAUGGUGGGCCUCAAGAACGUGCUUUGGGUGCCCAACCUUGCAGCCAACCUGUUUUCUCUGCGGCGUUUGCAAAAGGCCGGCAUGGACACAUCUUCCAAGGGAUCCAAAACUUAUACCGCGCGGCUUGGUGAGCGGAAGCUUUGGGACCUUCAUGAGGACAGGGACAUCUACAAUGAAAUGUGGCAAAUCCCAGUGGUCCCCAUGCCUAAGGAGAGGCAAGUGGCAACAAGCAUCAGCACCAAGAGUGAAGCGGUUGGUGGCGGUGAUCACGGAAAGCAAAGUGACACCAAGAGUGACUCGAACGAGUGCAAUCUUGGAGAGACCAGCAAAGCAUGUGAAUCCAAGGAGAGUGGUGCAGCAGCCAAAGGUGGUGGAAAUGAGGAGGAGAAUCAUAAGAUCAGCAAAGCAGCAGCGGCGAAGGAGAAAGGAGAGAGCUUGUGGGGCACAAUUGCGAGUGCCGCUUUCUCCAACCCGACCUCCGCUACGGGAGAGUGUGAUUGGCUGACCUUGCAUCGGCGAAUGGGGCAUGUGGCAUUGCCCAUUUUGCAGCAGAUAGUCAAGCAAGACAUGGUCAGUGGGAUACGUGUCAAGGGGGAGCCCAAUGAGGUGCUUGGCUGUCCAACAUGCAUGCAAGCCAAGUUCACCCGCUACCCGUUCCAUAGCUCGGAGACAACGGCGAAGGCACCACUUGAUGAGGUGGUGAUGGAUGUGGUGGGCCCCUUGAAGCUUGGAGCUGCUGGAGCUGAGUACUUCCUCACCAUUGUGGACGUCCUCACUCGCAUGACUGGGGUAUAUGUGCUGCCCAAGAAGAGUGACGUGGCUGAAACGGUGAAGACCGAUUGGUUGCCCAUGGUGGAGCGGCAACAAGACCGACUUGUGAAGGCAAUUCGCACUGACCGUGGGGGAGAGUUCCUGAGCAAGGACUUCUCAACUUGGCUAAAGGAGCAGGGCAUAAGGCACUCUCUUACCAUGCCCUACUCUCCUGCAAUGAACGGCAUUGCCAAGCGUGCGAAUCGGACACUCACGGAGACGGCUCGGGGACUUCUCAUUGAAGCCGGUCUUCCCAAUUACUUUUGGCCGGAUGCGGUGCGGCAUGCUUGUGUGGCCAAGAACAGAGCCUUGACUCACGUGGGAGAAGACAAAUGGGUGCCCUAUGUGGAGUGGAUUGGAAGGAAGCCGAAGGUGGAUAUGCUUCGGGUGUUCGGGUGCAUGUGCAUGGCACUUAUGCCUAAGAAACUUCGCCACAACAAGCUUGAUGCCAAGGCAACAUGGGCCGUGCACUUGGGCAUGGCUCAAAACAGCAAGGGAUGGCAUCUUUGGGACCCAUUUACCAAGAAGUUCCUGGUGAGCAGAGAUUGCAAGUUCAUGGAGAACUUACCGUACAAGGAGUGGAAGGCGGAGAACCAAGCGAAGAUUGGUGUGCGGCUUGGAGAGGUGAUGCUGAAGCUUCAAGACAAGUUCAAGUGCAAGACCCUUGGUGACGUCAACUACUACCUUGGGCUUCACAUUGAGCGAGAUGUGGAGAAGCGGUGGAUGCGAGUGCAUCAAAAGAAGUACUUGGAGGCCUUGGCUGCAAACUUUGGGAAGAGUGAAGGUCAUGUGGCUACUCCUCUACCCUCAGGGUUCAAGUGUGUAAAAGGACCAGCAGAGGAAAGUGUUGGUGAAGAGGAGAGGCGCCGUUUUCAUUCCUUGGUGGGCAGCCUCAUGUAUGCGGCCGUUCACACAAGGCCGGAUGCAGCCUUUGCUACCGGACAGCUAGCUAGGGUUGUCCAAUGCCCUAAUGAAGAGCAGGUAGCAGCUGGAGAGAGGGUGGCCAAGUACCUUGGCCAAACAGCAACUGUUGGACUGCAAUACUCCGCGGCGGCACAAAGGCGUCAAAAGGGUGCGGAUGGAGUCGAACCCGGGAGGCUCUUUCUCACCGCCUUCUCUGAUGCAUCUUGGGCAUCAGAACUAGAGGACAUGACAAGUGUGGGAGGCUUCAUCUGCUGUGUUGGUGGAGGACCAACAGCUUGGGAGAGCAAGAAACAAGUGGACCAAGCAUUGAGCUCGGUGGAGUCCGAAUUCUAAGGCCAACAAUCCGAGGGGGAGUUUGUUGGUGUGGCUUGCACUCGGCUUGUCGUCCGUGUUUGUGUGUGUGCAUGCAUGGCAUGGAAUGACUUGUGAGUCUAUGUCAUUGCUAUCUAGUGCUUGUGUGUGUGUUUGAAUGGAGUCUCACAAUGUGGUCUGUGUCGGUCAAGACAUUAGUGAGUUUUUACAACUCGCAUGUCAAGUCGUCGUUUGCGUGUCGCAUGUGUUUUUCUAUUUUGUCAAGUGUGAAGUGUCCAUCGCGUCGCAGGUGUGUGCAGCAAGCCCCCAUCAACUCAAGAAGAAUUUAUCUUGAAGAACCAAGACCAAGAGCUCAAGAUUUCAAGCCCAAGGGACGCGAAUAAAUAUUAAAUAGUGAAAAUAGUAACGCUACUUCGUGUAGUGUUACAUUUCACUUGGUGUAGCCCCUUGGAGGGUUUGUUUUGAAACUCUUCGUGGUUGGGGACUCUGUGGUGGUGUACCACCAACCUGGACCUCGGCUCUUGGGGUAUGUAGAGGCUGGGAACCAUCUCCCUCUCGAAUUCUUCUUCCUAAGUUUUUUGUACUCCUAAGACUAUA